AUGGCGGUGGACCGCGACUUGGUGUUGCACUAUCUACAACACCGCCUAAUAAGGCGAUUCAUAGUUAUAGGCAUAAUUGUUUUCGGCCUUAUCAUGGUCAUCUUUGAGGUGACCCAUCACGAACUAUACCGGACAGCACCCUUCGAGCGCUUAGGCGACCUCUUAAGUUCCGAAGAACCCGAAACUCCAGUAGCUGGGAAAUGUACCACCUGGCCCGUAGAUGCGAAAGGCCGAUACACGCCGGCUCAGCGAAAUACCACAACACCAUCACUAAAGAGCUACGCCCCCGAAGGUGGCUGGAAGAAGCCCGAAGGCAUCAGGAUCGUCGCGCUGGUCUUCUACGGCCGCAAGAGAACGGUCGACUUCUUAGACUGCUACUUACAGCAGAACCUGGCCGUAAAUGGUGGAUACGUUGACGAAGUUCGGUUCAUGGUCCAUACGAACAAUGAAGAUGAUCUUAAAUACUUGAAGAACCUCGUUUCGCAAAGGAAAUCGCAAUAUUUCAUCGUGGAGUCAGGAUCUUGCGAAGGGUCGAGCUACGGGUGCAUAUGGGACUCGGUUAUCGAGGACGAUACUAUCUACGUGAAGAUCGACGAUGAUAUCAUUUUCAUACAUCCAGAUGCUAUCCCCCAGCUGGUUCAUACUCGGAUCGCAGCGCCUCAUCCUUUCGCCGUUUCCGCAAAUCUGGUAAACAGUCCUCUCACGGGCUAUGAGCACUUCCAUGUUGGCGCCAUCCACGCCUUCCGACCCGAUCCGAGCGAUAAGCCGUCAUAUGCUGCCGCCGAAUCGUGGCGACCAUCCGACAAGAGCCCCUUUCCCGCAUCAAAGCUGCCGGAACUCAAAAUCAGUAAGCUCAAGAGCAUAGCGCUAGAGGAUGAAAUUUACCCCCAGACCCCCUAUACCGGCCACCCCUUCCUUCUGAUAUCAGAUAGCCACUUUGAUCUCAUGAAGACGCCGAUGGGGCUCAAUUAUCUACGUGGGGGCGAAAAGGGCGUCGAAGCCAUGUAUGAGGCCGCGUGGAAAUCCUGGGCCAUCGCGAGUCAGCAACAGUACUCGCUAUUGAAGAACCUGGAAGACAACGCCAUGACGCGUUAUUUCUUCGGAUCGCCCAUAGACUUCCCUACGAACAUCACGAACUCAUCCGCACCCGUCCUCAAGUACCAGGCGCGAAACAAAGGAGGUCCCGGAGCAGAACAGCUUUACAACACCCAAUACAAGCGCUACAACCUGAACUUCGUCGCCCUGUGGGGCCACGACAUAAGGCGGUCGCUCCCGAUCGCCGAGGACGACGAGCAGGACAUCACGGUCACGAUCCCGAAGCGCAUGCGCCGGCCCUUCGUUAUCGACACCCGCGCCGUGGUCGGCCACCUGAGCUUCUACCCCCAGCACGAGGGCGUCAAGACGACCGAUCUGCUGGAUCGGUGGCGCAGCUUCGCCAACGAGAUGAUAUGCGCGCCGCAUAAUCAGAAGAAACCGUUCGACAGGCGGUGUCCCGGGUUCGAGGACCUUAAAUAG